AUGUGGCGGAUCGUCCUGCGCCUGUUUCUGGAAGUCCGGUUUGUGACCGGAGUAGACAAUCCGGAAUGGGGCACCGCAUUGAUGGAGUUUGCGAAGACGCCAACCGAAACACAAUUCGGAAAGCGGCAGACUCCUCAUGAAACCGGCGCGAAUGAUUCCCAGGAUUGCUCUCCCCGUACGGCCUCUGUCAACGAAACAGUCCUGGAAGCGCUCCGACUCUACCCUCCGACGCGGCGGAUACAUAGAGCCUAUAACUGGGGUAGUGGCUCGGAGACAAGAAACCACUCGAUGGGUGACUUGGAAAAUUAUGACCCAGACAGGCGUAUCGCCUCCGACACAGAUGGCUCCCACCCGGAGGGCUCAGAGCGAGACAACUCGACAAUGGAUCCCACGGCGAUGCCGACAGAUUGGCGAAUGAUUGCGGCGGACGUUGUGGCCUGUCAGCGUAAUGUUGACAUCUGGGGCGUCCGCGCAGACGAAUUCAACCCGCAGCGCUGGAUUCCGUGGACCGAAGAACGCAAGGAUAUGAAAAAGAUGCUCUUGGCAUUUGGGUCACCUCCGAUCGAGUGCCCGGCAAAGCGGGUCUUUGCUCCCUGGAUGAUUGGUAUCCUGGUCGGAGCGCUUCUCCGUGGUCUGCAGGGUGAAGCCAAUUAUCGAACGAGAUUCUGGCGACUGGACUGUCCAGACAAAAAGGUCAUGGCAGCUUUGAGAGCUAAGAAGAGACUGCGACUCGAGAGAGAUGUGUACGAUGAUCUCGAGUUGGUGGGCAGCUUCUGA